AUGAUAAAUGAUGAGGGUCCUGUUCUGAUUUUCGGGUAUGCUGAUUCUGGUGAUUAUGGGAAUCUAUGUGGCUUCGGUAGUCCUGUGAAUAGCUGUUAUCAGAGGCAUUGGGAUAGUAAAUAUGCUGGUGCUUCCUUGGAAUCGCUGGCAAAAGGUGCAGUACAAUUUUCGAGAAAAUUCACUGUUCGAGAAAUACAAGAUCGCUGGUAUUCUCUCCUUUAUGAUCCAGAUGUUUCUGCAGAGGCUGCUUUUCACAUGACUGAGUUUGAGCGAUCUGCAUCGAGUCUUCAAUCAAAAUUCAAUAGAACUGGAAAUUCAAAAGAAAAUAAAUGUUUUUUGAGGAAGAGGAAAACUGAAAGUGUUCGUAGUUGUUACUAUGCUCUGCGUAAAAGAAUUUGCAGUUCACCAUUUAACUCCAUGGAUUUGAGUUUUCUUGUUGCCCCCAAUAAUAACAAUUAUGUUGGCAGUGGAUAUGAGCAGCUAUCUGGACAAUGCAUGCUAGGAGAUCCAGUUACAAAUCACUUUGUACUUCAGGAAUCUAAUUUGGACAUCAUGCAUCGUGCUUUUCCACAAAUUGCAGAUAGUGGUACUGCCCAUGCCUUUGAUACUCAAUUUCAGAAUACAGUUCAAGAAGACUAUCCAAUGGAGCAAGACAAUAUACGUAAACACACCCCUCAUAUACUUGGAGAGGAUCUGGCUAACACUGAAAAGAGAACUGUGGUUGAGGAAUUCAGUCAACAAUUGCCAGUGAAUGAUGAUCUAGUACAUGGGUGCUCUAACUUUGAUGAAAAGGAAGCCCUUCAUUCACCAGUUCCAGAGUGUGGCCCAUCAUUUCUCAAUUUGGAGUACCCAUCUCCACUUUCUGAGAUGCCAAUGUGGAGAAUGGAUGAGGGGAUUUCAGUGCCUGAUAUUCCAAAUAAUCUUGGAUUAUGUGACAAAGAUAUGCACCCUGGAGAUGCCUUUUCACUUCUUGAUGACGGUGAUAUUAAGAAUACAUGUUCGACAGGAUAUGAUGAUCUCCACAAAGACUUGGAGUUAAACAUGGAGAUACUGAGUGAUGUGCCACAAAAUUCAUCUCACAGCACAGAAGAUUUUCUGGCUGAACUUACCAAUUAUUUGUCAAAUGAUGAUGAAGGGCCAAGUGUGGAUGUUGAUGGAAAAGACUUCAGCACUGAUUCUUACAUUGCUUGUCUCAAUACAAUUUUAUUGAGUUCACCAAAUAAUGCUAAUGAAAAUCACAUGCCCAAUGUAACUGAACCAGAAUCAUCAAUAUCAGCAGACUGUCUUAGAAAUCGCUCUGGUGUAAGUCUCGGAAACUUACAGGAGAAUAGGGUGUCUCACCACAGUGUUGAUGCAGUUUGUAAUUCUGAGAUGCAGUUUGUUUCGUCUACUUCAGUUCUAGACCCUCAUCCUGAAGUGAAAGAUGGGGUUAUUUGCUGUGUUCUAAACACCGAGGACACAGAAAUUCCAUGCAAUGAUGGUAUAGUCUUCGCCACCAGCUGGUGCCCAAGAUCAGUUGCCUCCUUGGGACCAAGGAAUUCUCAAGCUGCUGGCAAACCAAAUUUUUUAUCUGCCAAUGCAUUGCCAAGUAAUAAAAAAGGUAGUGGAGUUCCAGUAGUGGCUCACAGGGAUCUAGAAAAUCCUAGACAACCGCAUGCAUCUUCACAGAUGACAAGAUUACACGUGAUGCCGGAACCUGGUCUGCUCCAUCCUGUAGGUGCUCAUGGUUUGAAAUUUGAGUUGCCCAACAGUGACUCCACUCAUGGGGGUGCAGUUUUUGCUUUUGGUGGUUCAGCUCAAUUUAAUUCAGCAGACCCUGAGAUUGAAACUCUUGUGCCUGCUAAACUGAAGGAAGAAACUACAGAAACCCCACUGGCGAAGCAUAUGAGUCACGAAUCAGCUGAUUCUUUAAUAGAGAAGCUGACUUUUGUUUCUGAUUGCUAUACAUUUCCCCAGACAAAUGGGUCUGCCAUUGAACAUGUAGAGGAUGCUUCAGCUAGAGUUCAAAAUCAUCAAGCAUCACAUAUGAGAGUGGGCUUUUCAGAUAUUGCCGCUUCAGAACUAGUAGAAAACCAUUCAAUAUUAGAUCCAGCUGAGCCACCUAUUGAGAGUGAUGACGAUGUACCGUAUUUUUCAGACAUUGAAGCAAUGAUACUUGAUAUGGACUUAGACCCAGAAGACCAGGAUUUAUAUUGCAGUGAGGAAGUCUCAAGAUAUCAGCAUGAGGAUACGAAGAGAGCAAUCAUGAGGCUGGAGCAGGGUGCUCAUUCUUAUAUGCAAAGAGCCAUUGCAUCUCAUGGAGCAUUUGCUGUUAUAUAUGGUCGCCGUUCAAAACAUUAUAUUAAGAAACCUGAGGUAUUACUUGGUAGAGCAACAGAAGAUGUUAUUGUCGACAUUGACUUGGGAAAGGAAGGCCGUGCUAAUAAAAUAUCUCGACGUCAGGCCACUAUAAAUUUGGACAAAAGUGGAUCUUUUUAUCUGAAAAACCUUGGCAAGUGCUCUCUCUCAGUGAAUGACAAGGAAAUACCCCCUGGAGAGAGUCUAACCCUUACUUCCGGUUGUUUGGUUGAGAAUUUCUGUGCAGUUAUCUCUGCCAUUUUAUCUAUAUUGAACCUUAUAACGAAACAGAUGCCAUCUUUCACCAAGGCUCUUUACAAUGAAGGAGAUGACACUUAA